UAGCUCGUCGGUGCGCUCUGUCAGGCUAUGAGGCAGAAUCAUAUGACCUGCCGUUCAUUCCUGUAGUAUAGCUGUGACACGAGCUGCACCUCUACUGCACAUUUCUCCGCCGCUCCAAGCGAGAGCAACUGAAAAUGCAUCAGAUCGCUGUGCUAUGAUAUACUGUCGGAUAUUUAAUUAAACAGCAGUCGAUAUUCUCAGUGGUCGAUAUUUACGAAACAUAUCUGACAUUGAUUACGCAAGACGAUGCCUGAAGAAAAAGCGUUUCACCAGCAGGCUGUUCACAGUCCCCAUGAACAACAGAAGGGACAGCGGCAGAGUGGCCCCAUCCCGUGUCAAAACUGUGGCAAGCCCUGCAAAGGCGAGGUGCUCCGGGUGCAGAACAAACACUUCCACAUCAAGUGCUUUGUUUGUAAAGUUUGUGGCUGUGACUUGGCUCGGGGUGGCUUUUUUGUGCGACAGGGCGAGUAUAUCUGCACUCUGGAUUAUCAGAGCCUCUAUGGCACCCGCUGUUUCAGUUGUGAAGAGUUCAUUGAAGGAGAAGUUGUGUCCGCACUGGGCAAGACAUACCACCCUCGCUGCUUUGUCUGUGCCAUCUGCAAACAGCCGUUUCCAGCUGGGGACCGCGUGACAUUUAAUGGGAAAGAGUGCAUUUGUGAGAAAUGCAAUCAGCCGGUGCCAGUCAACAGCAUGGCACCCUCACAGGCUGUGCACAAUUGCUGUGGCUGUGGAAAGGAGUUUAAAAAUGAGCAGUCUCUGGUUGCAUUGGACAAGCACUGGCACCUUGGCUGCUUCAAAUGCAAAGUGUGCAACAAAGUGCUCAAUGCAGAGUAUAUCAGCAAGGAUGGGAUCCCCUAUUGUGAAGCAGACUACCAUGCCAUGUUCGGCAUCCAGUGUGAUACCUGCAAAAAAUACAUCACCGGAAAAGUACUUGAGGCCGGAGAGAAACACUAUCAUCCCACAUGUGCCAGAUGUGCACGUUGUGAGCAGAUGUUUGGGGAGGGGGAGGAAAUGUACCUGCAAGGUUCUUCCAUCUGGCAUCCUCCAUGCAGACAUGCAGCACGUAUGGAGGAAAAGAGUAAGGUGACCAGAACCUCUUCUGAGAGCAUCACCUCUGCUCCUGCCUCCAGUGCAUCAGGCUCCCCUAGCAGAGUUAUCUAUGCAAAACUGGGUGAUGAACAUCUGGACUACAAGGAUCUGGCCGCUCUUCCUAAAAUCAAAGCAAUCUACAAUAUUGACAGGCCUGACAUGCUCUCAUACUCCCCUUAUGUGAGCUACCCUGUGGAGGACAAAACUUUUGGAGAGUCACCCCAGCAACUUACACCUACUCCAACUGAGGGAGAUGGGGAAAAGUCUCCCCGCCAGUGGAGGCCCUCCAGCCCCAGCUCCAACAGCUCUUUAGGGGGUUAUGGCCGUUGUACCCCUUCCCGCUCACCACAAACCUACAGCAGACCAGAGCAAUACCUGAGCAUCAAAUAUACCACCCAUCCAGACUGUUCCAACAUGUUGACUGUACCAACUUUGGGUAGGAAUAGCACCCAUGGUAUUACCAGAGGGUCCUCCCCACUACUUUUGUACAGCAGCAGUGGUCGAAACACUCCACAGUCAGGGAACAGUGGUGUGGCCCUGCCACUCAACCCUACCACCCUGGCCAUGCUUCAACAUCACAACUACAUCCCCUACUUCAGAGGUAGUGAAAGUGGGCGCAGUACCCCCAGUCUGUCCACCUACUCUGAUGGCAAAUCUCCUUCCUCUACAUAUGUGGCUGCCCCUCGUCAUUUCCACAUCCCAGAGAAUAAAGUCAAAGAUAAUAUCUAUAGAAAACCCCCUAUCUACAAACAGCAUGCUUCCAGAACCUCCUGGCAAGAUGGUGAUGAUGUAGACAGAAAGACCAGAACAAGUUGGAUGAACCUGAAGAGUGAGAUUGAUGGACAGUCUCCAGACAUCGAUCCCAGGACCUCCACCCACAGCUUGCCUACUGAUAUGUCUCAACCCAACUUUCCAUAUAACAAGUCUGCUUCGCUGCCAGGAUAUGGGCGGAACGGCAUAUACAAGGCAGCUGAUCUUGUUGAGGAUGACCCAGACCAUGACUCUAGCUGGGGUGGCAUGAGAGAGUACAAGGUCUACCCCUAUGACAUGCUAGCUGUGUCUCAUAAAGUCCGAGUAAAACUACCACGUGACGUGGACCGCACCAGACUGGAGAGGCACCUGUCACCAGAGGACUUCUUCAAUGUAUUUGGAAUGACCAUUGAACAGUUUGACCGUUUGGCCUUGUGGAAGAAAAAUGACCUAAAGAAGAAAGCUCGCUUGUUUUAAACCAUGCCGAAUUGCUCCAGUGAAAGCCAAGAUAAAACCUCUUCUCAUCCAUCCUGUGUGCAUGGAGGGUUGAGUGGGAGAGAAAUAUAUACGCACCUCCAUUCUGCUGCAUAGCUACUGUCAUCCCAUCUCACGCUGAGGAAGGGAGUGUGCUGGAACGCUUUCACAAUGCUAAGACGAUGUUCGCCACCUACCUUUGUGUGUGAAUGCCGCACCACAUGGUCUGAAUGUUUAUCUGAUGAUGGAGAGACUGUAGUCAGAACUGAAUUCUCCAUGGCUCUCUUCGUUUUUCUCUUUGAUUGUCUCCUUGAUCUCGCUCCUCGUCUGUCUUUGUGAUUACUGCGUUCUAUUCUCUCUCUGUGGAAAAAAGCACUCAAUAUUGAAAUAAGCCACUUUCUCUAUAUUUUAUACCAUUGAUAAACAUGGCCAAAACUUACUUGUUUUCUUUUUGACUGCUAUGAAUGUUGUCCCUCUUCCUUCAUACUGUAUGCUCAAUGUCUUUCUCUCUUGGUCUCUCCGUCCUGAUGUCCCUCUCCCUGUCUCUUCCUGCCUGUCCCUCUUCUUUCCUCCUAGACAUGAUACUCAGCCACCGCUUGGACUGUAACAUCUAUCAUGUAAUAUCAGCUUUAUUGAAGCUUAUCCAUCUAUGGAUUUAGCAUGACCAGGCCAAAGACUCAGUCAGAGCAAGGAGUCAACUAUCUUGUGUGUGUUACGUAUUUGUUUCCUUUUUCAGUUAAAUUGUGUCCAUUAUCAGAGAUUUAUCAUGACUUCACAGUUAUUCAAUAAUACAUGAAGUGUUAUUUGUCCUGAACUUUACAUACUCUCUCCAUACAUUCUGCACAGUAUGUAUGGACAUAUAUGCUCAUAUUAUUACCAUCAUCUUAUCAGCCAGGCAUUGUUUUGUCUUAUCAUAGCAAACCCUUCAGAAUAUUUUUGUACUCAAUUUUUUUAUACCAUACAGAGGUUACCAGAUACACCAGAUAAUUUAUUUGCCAUUUGCAAAUAAUUGCAACAUUGACUUGGCAUGGAGCCAUGCCAAAGUUAACAGAUACUGUUUUGCAGUUAGCAACACAAACACUAAAUAAAGCAUGCAGUUCAGUGAUGCUUCAUUUAAAACCAAAUAAGAUUGUGUUUUACUUUAAUUGAUUCUUAAUAAAUGUGUGUGCAGUAUAUUCAGAAUAUUGAUAUAAAUGUCUGUUACGCUGAUCAUGUCAAACAGUAGGCAUGCACUGCAUAUUGUAGAAGCAUCUUAUAUCGGCUUCGUAUUGAAUUGAACUUUAAAAUGUAAUCAUGACAUUUUGUGUGAGUGAUUUAAUUUUUGAUUUGAAAGGAGGUCUUUAGGUUUUUGAGAGACUGAAAGCAGUGUUUGUUUAUUCAGACAAGUUUUCUCUGUACCAAGUCAGCUCUAGAUAUUUUACUCCAAUAUGGUUCUUUUGCUAAUGCCACUAACUCAAAAUAGGGUGAUGAAAAACACAUUCAGUAAACUCAGUUUUGACUAAAGAUAACCAUGUGCAACAUGUGCCUAUUUUGUUCAGUAAUAAGCCGUCUUUGGAUUUUUUAUUUUUUUUUAACUGCACAACAGGGAAACUCACUGUCAGAUUGUUUUACUUAUUUGUUGAUUGUGAAAAUAUUAAGUUUCUAACCAACUGUGGAUAUCUAAAUGUUUCUUUUCAUAAGGCCAUAAUGUAUGCAUUCUUCAUGCAGUAAAAUGUUGCCUUCUCUGGUCAUGCUAAAAAUCUGUAGUUCUGGGGAAUAUACAGUACAGUAAAGCUUGUACUGUAAAACAUGGAUGUGUUUUGGUGUGUGCAUGCAGUGAAUGUGUCUGAGUGCAUAGAAGGGAUCAUUCCCAGAUGUUGAGCUGUGCAGGAUGAAUAUGUGAGUCUUAUUUGAACAGCUGUAGAAACAGGCAAACGUGUGGGUGUAUGUGGUGUUAGCAUCUGUUUCAGCAGUCCAAUAGUUCAGACUAGGUAAAUUCAGAUUAAAGUGUGUUCAAUGAUCUUCAUCAUUCUUUAACAACACUAUUAUAACCCUUAAAAACAGACAAGUCAAGACAAAAUUAACCUGACUGCAGGUCAUAUUGUACCUACAUCGACAUUGUGUACAUUUUUGAGUUUUCUAAAAAUAUGGUUUGCAUUUGAUUUUUUUCAACCUUUUAUUUAUUUUUCUCUGUGUGUCAUGCAAGUGUCCACUUUAAGUAUUAGGUCUCUUCCUGGGUGAAAGCGUGUAGGACUGUGACCCAACAGAACCCAGCAGUUUUUGAGAGUUGUUUUGAGCAGUAUGAGCAGUGCUGUUACUGUAAAUACAGUAUGAAGAGAGUUUGUGCCCUGGUUUGACUGCAGCAUUCAUACAAAAAAAUGUCCUUUUCUAUCUAAAAAGUUUGAGAUGUUUUUAUGAAGUUGUCUUUGUGUUAUGGCUCACAAGGUCACACCAAAAGGGUUUCCCAUAGGUGUGUUACUGUGCUUGAUUUUGUGUAAGCAAACUAAUUUCUGCAUAUAACUGUGAUUCUGACUGCAAAAUUAAUGAAUUUGGGAAAAUGUAAAUGUAGCCUUUUCAUUCACAAUGUCUUUGAGUUGCUUUGCAAAAAAUGAUUGAUAUUCUUCUCAAUAAAUACAGCUAAUUCAAAUUAA